GUUCAUCAUUCGAUGCAUCCAGGUGUUUGUGAAUAUAUAUUACAUUGUGUUGACACCAUUGGUCACUAUUUGAAAAAGAACCAGUUGAAAGAGAAGAAUUUACGUCACAGAUAGUGAAAAUAAAAUGUGUGACAGUGGCCGUCGAAAAAGUAAGCACAGGCAUAACAGUUUAUUAGAGACAUGUAGAACUGUAAAAGGAAUUUUUAAAAAAGAUGACUUGGAUGAUUCAUUGUCAACUUCUGACUGGGAUCAAUUAUUUACUGACAGUGUAAAAUCUAGAAGAAGAGCUCCUUCUGUGAAAUUAGAUGAUGAACCCUUAACUUUGAUUUGUGAAUGGAAUAGUUGUUACCAGGCAUUCACAGAAGUACCUUCCUUUAAUAAACAUGUAAAAGAACACAUACAUUAUUAUAAUUUUGAUGAGGACCCAGAUAAUCUGCAUUGCUGUUGGUUAGAGUGCUCUUACAAUGCAAACUCAAUUGAUGAUUUGAAUCAGCAUGUCUGUUUCCAUGCAUACCACACCAGAUUAAAAUCUGUUGGUAAAAAUGUAGAAUUUCGAGAAAAAUUACCGGAAUGCACACAAUCAGAACGUUUUGUGAUCCCUGUUCAAGUGGAUGGUUAUCAUUGCGAAUGGGAGUUUUGUUAUGAGAAGUUUAUAACAUUAUUUGAAUUUUUUGAACAUGUUCGCAUUCAUAUAUAUCACAAUCCUAAAAGACGUGAAGAAGGCGAAAUUAAUUGUUGUUGGAAAGGAUGUACUAGUGCAGGAAGAUUCGCAUCCCAAUAUAAACUUUCAGAACAUAUGCGAAUACACACUAGAGAGAAAAUUAUCGCCUGCCCUACAUGUGGUAAUUUGUUCUCUAAUAGGACAAAGUUUUGUGAUCAUCGUAGAAGACAAUUGCCUAUCAAUUUACAAAGUUAUUUGUGUUCACAAUGUUCAAAAUAUUUCCCCAGUGAACGUUUAUUAAGAGAUCAUAUGCGGUUACACAUUAACCAUUACAAGUGUUCCAUGUGCGAAAUGACUUGCCCCAAACCGUCUAUUCUUGCAAAACACAUCAGGUACAAACAUUUGAACGAAAAACCUUACAAAUGCACCCAAUGUAAUUAUAGAUGUGUUUCCAAACAUAAUUUAGAUAUUCAUAUAAAGAAACAUAACCCUGAUAGCGAAUUUAAGUGUUCCGAUUGUGAUUAUACAUGUAGGUCUUUGUUUGGUCUGGAUCGUCAUUAUCAAAAAAAUCAUGGAAAAGAGUGGAAUAGUGUAUAUGAGUGUCACAACUGUAAGAAACAGUUUAUUCGAGGAGGUUUUCUUACAAAACACUUGAUGAAGGUUCAUAAUUACCACUGGCCUUCUGGGCAUUCAAGAUUUCGCUACAAGGAAGAUCAAGAUGGAAUUUAUCGACUCCAAACGGUUCGUUAUGAAACUCUCGAUGUUACAGAAGAAAUUAUUAAGGGGAAAACGGUACAAGCUCCCACUGAAAAAGAGUCCUUUAAAUUUAACGUUUUAAAGAGAAAGAGAAAAGAUGACAAUUCCUUACAGAUGUUUGAUAUUGUUUUUGCCAGCAAUAAUGAAAAUCACUCGGAGUGUGAACCAAGGAAAAAAGUACUAAUAACCAUAGAUGAUAUCGAUUCCAAAGGAAAUGUAUUAAAAUCUCAGACAAUACAGUCCAGUGAAGUUAUUUGUUCGGAUAUGAGUCAACUAGAUAAUAGUACACAUAUUGAGAAAAUUGUGCUUGCAGAAAACAAGAAGAAAUCAAAAAGAUCUGUAAAAUCUAAGCGACGAUAAUUCAAUUUUGUAUACAAUUAGGGAAGAGUUUAAUAAAAUCACUUUGCAAAAUA